UACUCCUAACAGAAUGAUGAUGAAGAUUUCUAAUAAUUUUCGAAAGUUCGACAUUUUUGGUCAAUAAAUUCGACUGAAAGCUUAAGGCUAAUCUGUUUUUUAAACUUAGAUUGGAGCAUUUAUGACUUUCUUAUUAUUUAGCAUUCUUAUCUAUUCAAGUAGUUUAUUUAUUAUUGAAAUGAACAAAGGUAAAAAUGCAAUUAUGAACUCUCAAGAUGCUGUUAUAUAAAAUAAUGAAGUAAUUAUUUACCAAUUCUAAUAAUUUAGGGUUUCAGCUUUAAUUCCACUGAACUAAUAUUUUCAGCAGGAUUGCUUGAUAUUUUAGGUCAACCUAUUCCAAAUGAAUACAAUAGGAUUUUUAAAAUUGGUUUUUAUAUAUGCAAUAAAUCAUUAAAUCAAACAGAAUGUGUAAUUAUACCAGGAUCUAUUUGUGGUGAAAGAAUUAGAGAAGCAUCAAAAGUAAUAUAUUUUAUUCAAUAAUAUAGAAAUUAAAUAUAGCUUCUGUAUAUGAAAACAUGACUUAUUGUAUGAGCGAAGAAUAUAUUAAAGAAAAUCCUACAAUAAGAAUUUAAGGAUCAAAUCGUUAUGAUAAUUUUACUUUAAUAGGAGCAUUAAUAGAAAGAUGUUCAAAUAGCACAGACAUUUAGAGUAAUAUAUUAUAUAAUUUAGAUUGUGCAUCACAAGAAGAAAUUGAUAAAUAUAUAACAAAUAGUAAUCUUUAUUAUUCCUAUUCUUUUCAUUAACUUAAUAAAGAAUCGGAAGAUUCUCCAUAUUAGAAGACUGAAAAUAUAGACUUAACUUCACUUUAUUAUAAUGUAGGUAAAUACAUUAAGAUUUAUUUUCAAUAUUCUUAAAGUUUUCUAGAAUAUAAUCCAUUCUAUUUUUUUCCUAAUACAGAAUAUCAUGAAGGUAUUGAAUAUUAAAAAACAGUCACUGAUAGUGUUCUUUAUUUUUAAGAUCCGAACACUUUAGCUAGAAUAGAAGUUCAUUUAGAUGCUAAAAAAAAAGUUAGUUUUAUUACAUAUUAAACCUUAAUGGAUGUAAUUGCCAAAAUAGGAGGCUUAUUUACAAUUAUUAGAGCCUUGAUAGAUAUUGUCAUAUUUCCAUUAUAGUGGAUUCUAUAUAGGCUUUUUUUGAUCAAUUUUUUAAUCAUGCAUUAGGAUUAAACCCAAUAAAAAGAUAAUUAGUUGAAAGAAGAUAAGAAAAAAUAAAUUUGUAUUUUUAAACUUUUUAUAUCUUCAAAAUCAAGAAAUUACUUUAACUAAUAAUCAUUAUUAAUAAAUAAAUACUUAGAUGUAAGACAAAUUUUAAUACAUCCGCUUUAAUUUACAUAAAAAAUAGAGGGUAUACAGGAUUCUAUCAAGAAAAUUGAUGUCUUAAGUUCUAGAUAAAUUAAACUGAUAACCAAGUAGGAAAUGGAUGAAUUAGUUGUCUAAAGUAAUCAAGAAGAAUGUUUAGAUUAUAAAUGUUAAAGUUAUGGAACUAUCAAUUCAGAGAGUAAAAUAAGAAAUCAAGAUAAUUAUAUCAUUCCUUAAAUGAAAGUGUAAAUACAUUGA